AUGUUACGAUCAUUAUGGUAUGGGCUCCUGUUACUUUUAAUUGUAGCAUGUCAGUUGGCUUGGUCAAUAUCAGAGAGCACUAGUUGUCAACUAAAGCUCCAAUAUUCCAAAAAUACUUGUGGAAGUAAAGACGAUCCUUGUGACGAACAUGCAACAUGUUCAUAUGACACAACAACAAAAGUAGUAAACUGCACAUGUGAAGAUGGUUAUGUUGGUAAUGGAACCAGUGGGAAUUGUCAAGAGAAUACCAUUGUGAUUUAUCGUGUUGGCGAUGGUACAUCUACUUUGACUAGUGCUGGUACACCGGUAUUUUUAGACGAAUACACGUUUACAGGUAUUUUCGUGAAAACUACGAGCUUACCAACGACGGUUAGCGGUAGUAAUAUGAAGCUUGUUGCUAGUGGUACAGCAACUCUGGAAGGCUUGAUGACUCUUUCAACUGAUGGUCGUUUUGUUAUGCUGACUGGUUACAAUGCAGACAUUGGUUCAGCGACUGUUGCUACAUCGUCCGUUUCUCGUGUUGUGGGACGAGUAGACAAAAAUGGAACAAUAGACACCACAACUACAGCCAACCUUUCCGGGCAAGGGAUUCGCAGUGCUGCCAGUACAAACGGUAUGGAUAUCUGGUUCGCCGGUACUGCAGGUCUACUCUAUACAACGUUAGGUUCGAAUACAUUCACCAAUAUAAGUGCAACCGUGACUAAUAUUCGUCAAACAGCGAUAUUCGCUAACCAGCUUUAUGUCAGUACCAGCACGGGAUCCUCAGUUCGUAUUGGCAGUGUUGGAACAGCCUUACCAACAGUCCAGUUUCAUUUUUCUUCGCUGAUCUAG